AUGUCGUUAAUCUCGCUCUUAUGCGUGUUCUUUGCGCUUCUAAGCCCUUCAUGGGCAGGCACAUACUCGCAGGUGACAAGCUUUGGAGAUAACUCAUCUGGAACAAAGAUGUACAUUUAUGUACCAACCACACUUGCAAGCAAACCAGCCAUCCUUGUUGCUGUACAUUACUGCUCGGGAACGGCUCAAGCCUACUACUCCAACACGCCAUACGCUCAGUAUGCGGACACAUAUGGAUUCAUCGUCAUCUACCCCGAGUCUCCGUACAGUGGCACAUGCUGGGAUGUGUCUUCAAAAGCCGCACUCACUCACGAAGGGGGAGCAGACACGACGUCGAUUGCUAACAUGGUCAAGUACACGAUCUCAAAAUAUGGAGCUGAUUCGAGCCGGGUGUAUGUCACUGGCACCUCUUCCGGGGCAAUGAUGACGAAUGUACUGGCCGCAACAUACCCCGACAUCUUUGCUGCGGGCAUCGUUUAUUCCGGAGUCCCCGCCGGAUGCUUCUACACUGGCACCGUCAACGGGUGGAACUCGACUUGUUCGCAAGGAAAUGUCGUUCAGGCCGCUGCGCAGUGGGCCAAAGUUGCGACCGACAUGUACCCCGGAUACACUGGACCUCGACCUAAGAUGCAGAUCUACCACGGGUCGGUUGACAGUACCUUGUAUCCAAACAACUGGAAUGAGACGAUGAAGCAAUGGAGUGGUGUGUUUGGGUACUCUGGGCCGACAGAAGUUCUUUACAACAACCCAAGCAGCCCAUAUGUGAAGUAUGUUUAUGGUUCAAAUUUGGAAGGGAUUUACGGCGUUGGCAUCGGCCACAGCGUCCCCGUCAUGGGUGCGGAGGAUCUCAAGUGGUUUGGAUUUGCAGGCGGCUCUACACCGACAUCAACAAUGCAAACCAACAUUCCUACAAGCACUACAACCAGUGCGACGGCAACGGCGACGGGUGGUCAAGCACCUCAUUGGGGCCAAUGCGGAGGCUCUGGGUGGACUGGGCCGACGACGUGUGUGAGCCCCUACACCUGGUAUUCGCAAUGUUUAUAA